CGUAAUUAGUGAACGGCCCCUUACUAAGUCCAACGAGCGUACACGUGCCAUUGAAGAGGCGACAGCUCCGACUAACGUGAGUGAAGUUCGUGCUUUUGCGGGGUUAAUGAACUAUUACAGUCGGUUUGUAAAAGACCUGGCUGCUUUAAUGACCCCGUUGUACAGACUUCUGCAGAAAAAUCAAUCAAAAUCAGUGGACUCAAAAGUGUCAGGUUGCAUUUGAUACGGUGAAGAAAAGAAUUUGUGAAGAUAUUGUUUUAACGCAUUUUGAUCCAGAUAAGGACAUUGUUCUUAUUUGCGACGCUUCCAAAGGCGGAAUAUCAGCGGUGUUGGCUCACAGGAUCCAUGGGAAGGAUAGACCGGUCGCGUUUGCUUCGCGUACUCUAAGUUCAGCAGAACAAAACUACAGUGUGUUGCAUAAGGAGGGUCUUGCUAUUGUGUAUGGGUUGAACAAGUUUUUUAUGUAUCUAGUGGGAAACAAGUUCACCAUCAAGACGGACCAUAAACCGCUAGUGUCCAUUUUGGGACAUGACAAAGGAAUACCUAUUAUGGCGGCAGGAAGAGUUCAGCGGUGGGCAAAUUUCAUUUCUGGAUUCAAAUAUAAAAUGAAGUAUGUCAAUUCAGAAAAUAAUAAACCUGAUUAUCCGUCAAGAGCGCCGGUGGAAUCCUGGGAGUUAUGGAAAGAAGACACAAACUAUCUGAAUUUCAUGUCCGCUCACCAGUCACUUCCAGUGGAAGCAACAAAAUUGAAAAAGUUUUAUGACAACGACGAGCCUUACUCGAAACUACGAGAAGGUAUACUCCAGGGUCGAAAAGUGGAUGUUGCACAGGGUUACGCGAACGUAUUUGAAGAACUUUCGGUGGAGUCCGGAAUUGAAAUGCGUGGGUACCGAGUAGUGAUUCCAGAAAAGCUUCAACGAGAUGUGCUGAAAAUAUUGCAUUCUUCACAUCUGGGUAUUAACAAGAUGAAAAGUGUAGCAAGAGGCAGCAUUUGGUGGCCUCAGAUAGAUAGUUAUAUUGAAGACCACGCGAAAACAUGUCUAUCGUGUCUAAUCGAACAACCUUCACCGCCUUUGUCGCAAUUAAUUCCCUGGGAGCUUCCGGACAAACCUUGGGCGAGACUGCAUGCCGAUUUCGCCGGACCACUGAAUGGAAUGUGGUUCUUGAUAGUGAUCGAUUCUUACACAAAGUGGCCCGAAGUAUUUGCUACUAAAUCUAUCACUACUGAUUUUACGAUAACUCCUCUCAUGGAUUGUAUGGCCAGGUUUGGUCUUCCCGACCAGCUUGUUACGGACAACGGGACUCAAUUUACGGCAACAAGAUUUAGGGAUUUUCUCAAGGCGAACGGAAUCAAGCAGACCUUAACAGCACCGGGUCAUCCAGCAACGAACGGUGCAGCGGAGAACUUUGUGAAAACUUUUAAGAAAUCCCUUAAGAAAACGAUUAGUAUCACAGCACUGUUCAUCUAAAAUGUCUCCGGUGGUUGCCAUGUUGAAUCGAAAAAUUAAAACCCAGCUUGAUCUUUUCAAGCCUAAAUGUGAAACUACCGAGAAAUCCGAACGAGGUAAGGUGAUAACCCAAAACUUGAAGGAAAACCAGAAAAGACAAAUGAAAUCGCAUAAAGGAACUCGGGAUAUCGAGUUUACAGAAGGCGAACAUGUGCUUAUUCGUGACUAUUCAAAUCCCAACUACUCAAGUUGGACAAAAGCAAUGAUUUUGAAGGUUCUAGGAAAAAGGAACUACGUUGUCGAGCUGCAGAGUUCUGGUCGAGCUAUCAAACGCCACACAAAUCAGAUAGUAAAAGAUCAUUCUGUUAGUUCUGAGCCUACAGUAACCUUGCAGGAACAUAAACAUGAAGACGAACAAACAAGUCGGGCCGUACGAGAUUUUUCCUACAAAUCAGUUUUGAGCAGACACGAAUGCCACAAAGAUGGUAAAGUGUCAUUAAUAAAACCUUAAAAAAAAAAAAAAAGUUUUGAGCAGCAACGUGGCGACACAUGACUUAUCGGCGGAUGAGGAGGAGGAAGUAAUUGGGUUCGACGAAGGAAGCUGGGUAGUUAAACCAAAGGAGAAACGUCAACGAAAAAGAAAACAACUCUUCGACACUAGGCGGAUCGGCAGGCCCCUCCGGAAGAAAACUGAAAAAGUAAAGUGAUAUUGAAUAUCUCUUUGCAGAAUUAUCCUUAUAAUCUUUGGCUAACAAUGUUAAGAAUAUAUUAUAAACUUGCUGUGGGGGGCAGGGUUGCCAACAUUUUUUUUUUUUCAAA